UAGGAUAUGAUCUAUGUUUUGUUUUGUACCUUGUCUGUAUGAAGCCAGUUAUUCACUAAGCUAGGUAAAGAAGCCAGAGGCCAGCCUGUCCCUCUUGUUUCUUAUUCCGAACUUGGUCUUUUCUUUAAUUUGAUAAAGAUAAAAACAAUAACUAAACUAAUUCCGUGGAAGUUGUUACUUAUUCUUUAACCCAUAUCCUACGGUUCAUAACAAACAACAAACGUCUUUUUCGCUUUACGCACCACUGAUUCUGAAGAAUUUCAGUAGCCAUAUAUUCCGCUUGUAUCUGGAGCAACUUGGUCUUUUCUCCAUGUGGCCUAUGAUUGCGUAAUGCUGGAACUAAAGGGAAAACAAAUAAGUAACGUGGAAUAUUUAACGAGGAUGAUUCCUGAAGUGUUGGAGAAGUCAUCACAAACAUUCGACGAUGAAACUAACACGAAAGAAAUGUACUUUAAAAGGGAAAAAGACUCGUGAAUCACAUUCAUUCGAGCAGCUUUUGAAAGCUAGGCUGCUUCUGGAGUAUUGAGAGGGAGAAUAAAAGCCAAGUCCAGCAGAAAAAGACCAGCGAACAGGCUAUAAUGGUCCACAAAUUUGAAAAGUAAGACGGCAAUUUCCACAAUCUAGAGGAAUUUAUAGACGGUGUUCAUUGAUCAGUUGGCCCCAACUACCAAUUGAAAUCUUUUUUUAAUUCCUAACUUCCCAACUGAAGUUUCCUGCCCACUUAACAAUCUUGACUGCAAAAGAAAGUUAAAACAUGGAAGAAACCAUUCUUUUAUGUCAAGUCGAAUUUCUUGCUCAAUAGUUUCUAGCAAAAAGGGUUAAAAAUAAAGAGAAAAGGAAUAAAAAAUCUGAUUUAAUUGCUUAAGAGCCGGUCAAGCCUCAUUGACUUGGUGGUCUAUCAGGAUUUGGAGAAUGGAGUCACCCUGUGUGUAAAAACCAUUUAAAGUUUGGGUUUUAAUCAUACAACUGAAUAAGAAACUUGACCAAGCAUUAGCAAGCCUGAUUCUAUCUUUUGUGUCUUUGGCAUUGUAAACAAUGGAUACUUCUGUAUUCUUCAUUCUCCUUCUCUCUUUUGUUCUUUCAAGUACUGAGGCUUUUGAGGUCAGCUGUCCACCUGCAAAACGUGGUCAUGGUGGUUUCGAUAUCAGGUCCCCUUUCAGACUAAAAACCCAUCAGUCCCAAGACUGUGGUGACCACGGUUUUGAUCUUUUCUGCAGAAAUAACUCCACCAUGAUUCACUUCCCAUCUUAUGGUGACUUGGUUGUCAAAUCCAUUUCUUAUGAAACAAGGAAACUAAAUCUUCUUGACCCCAAAACUUGUGUCCAUGAAGUAUUUCUAAAUCUCAAUCUUUCCCUCACUCCAUUCCAUUACUACUAUGUUGUGAAGAGCUAUACAUACUUCAAUUGUUCAGCUUCGCUUGGGCCUACUAUCACAAAAAUCCCAUGUUUAAGUGGUUCUCAACAUCAUGUUUACACCAUAGAAUCUCCUGUUCCUGUGCCGGACUCCUGCAGGCCAAUAAAAACUGUUGCAAUUCCAUUUGCGUACAGUUCUUAUCUUUCUGACAGUAGCUUCGGUCUGGGGCUAACUUGGAAGUUGCCUGAACGUGAAGACUCUGGCUCCCAGCCUAAAACAGGGUGGCUGGAUUCAGCACAGAAAAAGGUCCUGGUAGCAGGCAUGGUUGUUUUAGCUGCGGCGGCAAUGCUGAUAAGCAUGAAGAUCCUUUAUACCAGGAUACUGGAUUCACAUGGAGAGCAAAAAGAAAAUCAAUUUAUAGAGGAUUUACUAGCACAACAGAAAUCCCUGAAGCAUCAAAGCUGCUAAAAUGAUUAUCAUAUAUGACCAUGCCAAUUGAGUUUUCAGAGUAAAUUAUAGUCGUUGGCAACAGUACUUUUUUUUCCCUUGCACUGUCAUUUUUUUUUAACUUUGUGGGGGUUUCCCACUUUCUUUGAUAUUUGGACAAUUUUGUGCUGUCAUAUAGUGUUUCCGUAAAGAUGUCGAAAAUAUAUAAGUCCAAACUCAAUUUAUAUGAUGAUUGUGAAAUGAAGGGAGUGCUGUUUUUUCGUUUUAUCUCACUUUGAUCAUCCACUAUAA